UAUUGCCAAAUUGAGUGAGUUAUGAGGUUCCAGUGGUGUGGUGGAGCUGCUGCCAUGUCUCUGUCCACCAUGGCAUCCUCCGGCAACCCACCGGCCGUCCUCCUCGUCCGGCCGGUGGACCCGCCCUUCGCCGUCGCGCUGCGCGAGCGCUUCCGCGUCAUCGACUUCCUCUCCUCCGGCCAGCCUCUCCCGGCCUUCCUCACCGCCGCCGCCGCGGUGCCUGACCCGCCUCGCGCCGCCGUCGUCAUGGGGGGCGGCCUCGUCCGCGCCGACGCCGCGUUCUUGGACGCCGUGCCCUCCGUGCGCUGCGUCGUCAGCACGGCCGCCGGCCUCGACCACAUCGACCUCGCCGAGUGCGCGCGCCGCGGCGUGGUCGUCGCGAACUCCGGGAAGGUGUACUCCAGCGACGUCGCCGACCACGCCGUGGGCAUGCUGAUCGACGUGAUGAGGCGCGUGUCGGCGGCGGAGAGGUACGUCCGGCGAGGGCUCUGGCCCCUGCAGGGGGACUAUCCUCUCGGCUCCAAGCUAAGUGGCAAGCGUAUCGGCAUAAUUGGCCUUGGAAACAUCGGAUCACUGAUCGCCAAGAGGCUUGAAGCAUUCGGCUGCGUCAUCUCCUACACCUCAAGAAGCCCAAAAAAUUCUGUCCCCUUCCGCUACUUCGCCGACGCCGCCGCUCUCGCCGCCGACUCCGACGUGCUGGUGGUGGCGUGCGCGCUGAGCAGGGACACGCGGCACAUCGUCGACGGCGACGUGCUGGACGCGCUGGGCAGGGGCGGCGUGCUGAUAAACAUCGGCCGCGGCGCCAACGUCGACGAGGCGGAGCUGGUGAAGGCGCUGCGGGAGGGGAGGAUCGCCGGCGCCGGGCUGGACGUGUUCGAGGGCGAGCCCAAGGUGCCGGCGGAGCUGCUGGCGAUGGACAACGUGGUGGUGACGCCCCAUGUGGCGGUGUGGACGGCGGAGUCGAGGCGUGACCUGCUUGAGCACACGGUGGCUAACCUGGAGGCCUUCUUCUCCGGCAAGCCGCUGCUCGCUCCGGUGAUGCUUCCCUGAACGGCCACC